CUCUCUGCACAGCAUGUCUCCCUAGUAACACACGGUACACUGCACAGCCAUCCUGAUCAGUGUGAGUACAGUGAAGCACACAGACCCCCCCCCCCCUAUAAAAAACUCCCAGCACACAGUUAACCCUUUGAUCUCCCCUCAUGUUAACCCCUUCCUGCCCAGUGCCAUUAGUACAGUGUCGGGGCUUUUUGUUAGCACUGAUCACUGUAUUGGUGUCACUGGGGAUGUCAGUGACACCAAGUCAGUUCCCCCCCCCCCCCCCCCCCCAGUGUCACAAUGCCCGGCGCAGUUCCGUU